UGGUUUCCGCUGCGGAAGCCGCUGCUGCAUGUAAACAAAGCGGAUAGCUGCACAGGUCGGCGGCAGAGAGAGCUUCGCUUUAACUUAAACACAAGGCAUUUCCAUCCAUAAAUGAGCAAAGGCUCUCUGAUGCAUGAAGCGACAGUCUGAAUAAACAAACGCCGCCAGGAUGUCGAUGGAGGACCCGUUCUUCGUCGUCAAAGGGGAAGUGCAGAAGGCAGUGAAUGCGGCGCAGAGCCUCCACCAGAGAUGGAGCGAGCUGCUACAGGAGGGAGGAGGAGCGUCAAAGGAGGAGAUGGACUGGACCACAAAUGAACUGAGGAACAGUCUGCGCUCCAUUGAGUGGGAUUUGGAAGACCUGGAUGAGACUAUCAGUAUUGUGGAGUCAAACCCAAAGAAGUUUAAUUUGGAUGCAACUGAACUGUCAAAGAGGAAAUCUUUUAUCACUAACACCAGACAGACUGUAAAGGAAAUGAAGGAGCAGAUGUCCAGUCCUGCUGCUGUGUCACUGGACAAAAAGAAUAAACAGGCCUUGCUUGGAGAGCGUGGUGCUCAGGGUCCUAUCUGGCAGCCUGGGCCAGAUAAAUACAGCCGCUUGGAUCGGCAGCUACAGAACGCUAACUCUCAGUUUAUUGAGGAACAGCAGACCCAGCAACAGCUGAUUGCAGGACAACAAGACGAGCAGUUGGAGCUUGUGUCGGGUACUAUUGGUGUGUUAAAAAACAUGUCUGAGCGGAUCGGUAUGGAGCUCGAUGAGCAGGCUGUGAUGUUGGAUGAUUUCAGUCACGAAAUGGACAACACUCAAUCCAGACUUGACAAUGUUAUGAAGAAACUGGCUAAAGUCUCCCACAUGACCAGCGAUCGCAGACAGUGGUGUGCUAUUGGUAUUUUGCUGGGAAUCCUCUUCGUCAUCAUCAUCCUCUUUGCAGUCCUUUGAUUGAGGGACGGUAUUCAAAUCACAAACAUGUCUUAAUUCUCUGUCUACACUCCAACCAUUUUAGAAUAUCUGCAUCAUGUGGCUGAGCCUGGCGAUCAUACUGUGAAAUGAUCUUGUUUAGUUGAUGAAGAUGGGUGUUUCAAACAAUUUGAAAAAAAUAUGGAAUAAUAAUUAUGAGAAGACUGAUAUCAAUCUCUGUUGUUAUAGACAGUUAAUUAACUUGCUACUUGUCAGAUUUUGAUUAUAUACUAUACUAUACAUUGGCUGCAAACUGUUGAAUUUACUGUUGCCUCAGCACAAUCAUUUCAACUCCAUCUCUUUUUUUAUCCUUUUUAUAAUAGCUAUUUGCAAGCACGUUUAAUCGCCUACUUCCAGUGUAUGAAUAGACAUUUUAAGCAUAUGCAAUCAUUUCAGAUUUUAAGUCUUAAUUUGUGUCUCACUUUUGGCUAAACCUCGUUCUAUCCUGGUUUAGUCUUGGUUUGUCUUUUGCAUAUGAAGCUAUCGUGGUGCAGCUGUUUUUCUCCAAGUAAUAAUAGUUCAAAUUGAACAUUUAAGCAGGUCAAACUAUUGUGAUGUGACGAUGGGACUGCACUGGACCACCUGCUUUUUGAUAAAAUGUAAAGGCACUUUGGUUCUUUUAUUCUUUUACUUAAAACUCCUUUUAUUACAACAGAAACUCAUAUUUUAAGUAGCGCUAACAAGUAAAACCCAAUGUUCUUACUUUGGCUAAUUCAUUUAUUCAACAUUUUUAUUAAUACUUGCAGAGAUUCUAUAACACUAAGGUCUUUUAUGUUUACGUUUGAUUUUAUUCACAUUGACUGACAAAAUUUCUACUGCUGUGAUGGAAAUGAUUGAAGGCUUUCUCUGCUGCUGAGCUAAUAUUAUUGAAAGCCAUACUUCCUGUUACUGUUUGGCUGGCUGAAAAAGCUUUUAUUAUUAUUAUUUUUUAUUAGUUUUGGUCUCUAGUGUUUUUGUCAUAGCAGAUAUGCAUGGUCCUGUUUCACACUACGGUACACAGGGCAAAUUUCCAUGACAAGUUUUCAUGGUGUAUCAUAGUUUUAGUUUUUUUAUGGAAUAUUCAUUUGAAUCACCACUCAUUAUCUGUUCCUUAUUUUGCCCUGAUGCCAACAAAAAUAAUGACUGUAAUAAUGUGUAAUAUUUAUACUUUUCUCGCUUCAGUGGAGUGUUACUGCAUAAUAGCAGCAUAAAACCUCGUGAUAAAAUGACAUUUUAAAUGUUUUUAAACUAGUGUUUGUGUUAAGAAAACUUUCAGAAAUGGUAUUGAUCAUCUUCAACAUAAGCAGGAGCUGCAGGACUAUAAAUGCGUGGUGUGUGCUUUAAUGUUUAAUUUUGUUUUCUGAGUAUGUCAGACAGUUCAUUUGAUGUAAAUCGAAAGUAUUCUUUAUGUAUUAGAGAUUUUACAUCUAUUCAGACUAAAUGUUUUAUUUAAAAUUGUAUCACUAUACCAUUAACCAUAUUAACAAAACUUUUGUCUAUUUUAUCUGUUAUAUUUGCUUUAUAAAGUUAACCAAUGUGAACCUUAACAUAUCUAACAUUUUAUGAACCACUAAACCUGUAAUCAUAUUACUUCUGUUCAGGAUACCACUUUUUUCUGUCUACAAAUGUGCAAAAGAAUGAAUCGAGGCUGUGUUGUUGGUCAGUGAUCAAUAAAUGUCCUGGGGAAAACA